AUGGCCCAAUUGACGGACGCCUCAUCGGCCAGUGCCAACGUCGGCGGGAGCAGUGACACGGCGUCGACGAGCUAUCAAACCUGUGAGUUCUUAUCUUUCGUCCGAUAGUACACAUUCUCUUUUUCCUUGUUGUUAUUUCCUUCUAACUCCAUGUCAGAUGGUUACCUAAUCACUCAGAAUCUUAACUAUGUCAAAAAUUGCAGAUGCGGAUCUCAGUGCAGAGCAAGAAUAUUUCCUCUAUGAGCUCGAAACAACAGAUUCUAGCAGCAUGGGCCUCGUUUUACGGUUUUUUCCACUCAACGAAUAAAAUAAUAACUAUUUUCCAGAGCCAUCUAUGACUGCGGAGACGUUCACAAGUUCAGCCGUGCUCUUCAGCAAAGAAUCCAUCAAUACGACAAGAACAUUCAGAAGGUAAACUUCCAGAAAUUAUCCCCAUAAAAAAGGAAAUCGAAGGUUUGCGCGUUCCACUACCAGGGCUUCGUCGACUCAAUGAAGGAGCUCAUGACUUUGAAAGAUCAGUGUAGAGAAAUAAAAGUAAGUUCUGUGGAGUUUUUGCUUGUUUAUAAAAAUGAUAAUAACUCAGAAAAUCGAGUUUUGGUAGAGAUAUAAAAAAAAGGGAACGCCAAAAACAUUGACGUUAAAAUUGGCUCAAAUUUGUUUUUGUCCCGAGCUAGCGGCCAAUCGACUAUUUAAUAUUUAUAUUGGACAAAAAUUUUUCAGGAAGAUUCUCUGACGAUUGACGCCGAAGUUCAAAAAAAGCCAGUGAAGAAAUCGCGCAGAAAAACCGAGGAAAUCGUAAAAUACAGGUUUUUUUAAAAACAUUACAUGGUUUUCUAAAGUAAUAUAAUAUCAUUUUAGGAAACUCAUGAAAAAAAUGCGUCCACGGCCAUCGAUCAAAUUUCGGUGUGCCUGCCAGUCUUGGAAAACUAUUCAAAAUUGCAAGAGCUGAUGAAUAUGAAAAAGUGCGCUUUUUUUUCGAAAAAAAUAUAUUCAUAACAUUUUCAGGUACUAUCAAGCUUUGAAGGUCCUUGAAGAGCUUGAACAUACUCAUCUUGCCCUUGUUGAGAAAUAUAGGUUCACUCAAGUUCUGGCAAAAAGUAUGUCUCCUGUUAGAGUGGAAAUCAAAGACAAGGUUCCAUUUUCACGAGAAAAUAUAGUAUCGAUUUUUUCAGGCUUAUUCUGAAUUCAAAGAUUUUCUCGAGAACAUCAAAAAAGUUGCUGGUCGUAUUGGAAAACACGCCAGUCGUUGUGUAAGCUUUUUUAUUUUUCAAACGCAAAGAUAAAAGGUUUUUUUCUUUUUCAGACCGCGGAACAACACUCUUUCGGAAUAAGCGACGCUGAGAGGACUCGAAAGUUGCAGGAAGAAGCUAAACUGUAAGAUUCGAAUUUUUCUUUUGAGAUUUUUGAAGCAAAGUAUAAACCACAUUUUAUCCUACUUCACUGUUUCAUAAAGCUUUUUUUAACCUAAUAAAUAAGUUUUCAGAAACUCGGGACGAAUGGAAAUUCAAGUUUCUGCUGACGGAAGCAUCGUCAAGAAAAAGUUCCACGCCUCGCAAAUCUGUCACCCAAGAAGUUCUUGA